AAUGAGUGGGAAGAAGGGAAGAGAAGGUGGAAAUGGGCUCAGUUAGCAAUUUUGUAAUCAGAUGGAUCAAUUUUCUCACAAUGAUUUUAGCCGUGGGUGUAAUCGGAUUUGGGCUUUGGAUGAAUGCUAACCACGAUGGCUGUCGAAAAUCUCUAGCUCUUCAUAUCGUUGUUCUUGGCAUAUUGAUUUUUUUCAUAUCAGUUUUUGGAUUCUUUGGUGCAUGGAAGAGCAACCCCAUAUUGUUAUGGAUUUACUUGAUCAUGCUGCUGUUAAUUCUGGUGGCAAUCUUGAUCUUUACUGUCUUGGCAUUUAUUGUAACAAAUAAGGGUUCUGGUUACAGUGUACAAGGAAUAUCAACUCCAAGAUUAUCAUUCUUGGUUCCUAAAACAGCUCAAUAGCUCUCAUAACUGGGAACACCUGAGGAACUGUCUUGUGAAAUCUGACGACUGCAAUAACCUGUCCCAAAAAUAUAAGAAUCUCAAGCAGUAUAGAUAUGCAAAGCUAAGUCCAAUUGAAGCUGGUUGCUGCAGGCCACCAUCGGAGUGUGGUUAUCCAGCCCAGAACGCGUCAUAUUAUGACCUGACCUUCCAUCCAAACAGCUCCAACAAGGAUUGCAUGCUCUACGAAAACAAAAGAGAUAUAUUGUGCUAUAACUGUGAUUCUUGCAAGGCCGGAGUUGCUGAGUACAUGAAAACUGAAUGGAGAGUGGUUGCGGUCUUCAAUCUCGUCCUUUUCGUCAUUCUAACAAUAAUCUAUUUUGUGGGAUGUUGCGCGAGACGAAAUGCUGGCAACAGUGUAUCCAAUGUCUAAGAAGAGGCCAAAGAAGGCUAAGGGGACAGGACCACGUGCGCCCACGUGGGGGCAUGCUGCUGAUGUGGUGCGAGUCCUACCGAGCGGGGCUGGCUGCGAAGGUUUUGUAUUCUUCAAAGCCCGCACCGGUAGGAAGUUCAUUUCCGAAGUCCCCCAGAGUAACCGGGGAUGGAAGGAAAAAUUUGUUUUCAUCGAAUUUCCCCCCUUCUUCACUCCUCUGGCCGGCCUGAAGUGGAAUGAUCAUCUGCUCGACCAAGAGUACACUGCACCGGCUUCCUCCCCGGACUUGGAAGCGAAUCUUGAGGUCUUCAUGCGUGGGGAUCCUUUCACCGGGAGGACUUUCCAUUAUGGCAGCUGGGUUUGGAGGGUUGAAUCAGGUGGCGAGGGUACCUCCCAGGCCCAUGACGCAGCGGGGCGCGGGGUACCCUCCCCGGGCAACACUGCGGAGGCUGAGGGCAACUCCCACCCAGAUAUGGAGUUCGAAGAGUUCGCCAUCCCUGACGACCAACCAGCCGGGGAGACCGGGGGCUCCGAAGCCAAUCCUGCCAGGACUUUCCCGGUCAAUCCAGAGACCGUGGAAAUCCUGGAUGAAGAUGAGUCCCAAGACAACCGGUCUAAGGGGAAGGAGAAGGAGAAGGCCGGUCGCCGGGUGAAGAAGGUGGCGACCAUGCACCCUUCCUACGCCAAGAAAAGGGCAAGGUCAGAUCCUGAGCCGGCCGGCCAGACUAUCGAGGAGGCCUUCAUCAAUCUGGGGCUAAGGCUGAAGGAGAUCGGGCCGCAAACAGUGGACCGGUUGGGGAUUAGUUCCCCUUCUGAAGUCGACCGGCUGAAGAAAGAGAAGGAAGAGAUGGCACUCAUCCUGAGGAGCCAGGCUGAUGAGCUGAUCCGGCUGUCUGGGCUGGCCGGGGCAAUGAAGACUGAAAUCUCCCAACUGAAGGAGGAAAAUGGCCGGCUUCUGGACGAGGUCUCUGAAGCCAAGAGGGAAGCAGCGGAGAAGGAAGAAACCUUCCCCGGGCGCGCUGUCGCCUGGGUUGAAGAGAACAAAGCCGUUGCUGCCCGGGUGAUGACGGCGACGCCGGAGGCCGCGAUGGAGUCCUUCAGGCUUCUGUACCGGGAGCCUGAAGGAAGGAGAAUGAUCACCGCGAUUGGAUCCUUCGGAUUCAAGAGUGGACAAAAGAAAGACCGGAUCGCCUCUCACCGGGCACUGCUUAGAAGAGACCCAAGCUUCAGCGCGACAUCUUACGGCCUGGCUCCAAUCCCAGAAGAAGAGCCCAUUCCCCCUUUCCCCUUAGAUUAGGAUCUCCCCGGCCUAGACCGGUUGUUCUUUGUAAAACUUCAAACUCAUUUUCCCGGGAAUGCUCGGUGUAACUGUAAAACAUUUAACAUUCUUAUUUCGUUUGAAUGCCAUGUUUUCUCUUCAUACCGGUUAAUCUUCCACGUCUGAUUGUUUGAUUUAUUUUUUGAUCUUGCUCCUUAGAAUACCAUCAUAGAAAUUCUGACCGGUACAUAAAUCAGGCCACUUCCC